UCACGUGAGGAGUUAUUGUCACAUCGCAACGAUGCAUUUGUUUCCCAGUGCCGAGUCAUAUUAUACAUUUAAACCGUAAAAAUACCUGUGUCAGGGGAACAUCAGAGUGGUUGACAUGGACGAGGACGGGUUGCCCAUAGUGGGAUCUGGUAUCGAUCUCACAAAGGUUCCAGCCAUUCAACAGCGCAGAAUAGUGGCUUUCCUCAACCAGUUCAUAGUUCACACGGUCAGAUUCCUGAACCGGUUUUCCACUGUAUGUGAGGAGAAACUGGCUACAGUAUCGCUACGGAUCCAGCAAAUUGAGACCACGCUCAGCAUUUUGGAAGCAAAGUUGGCGUCUAUUCCUGGUUUGGAAGAAGUGACAGUGGAUGCAGUAAGACCGUCUGCAGAAACGAAUGGUCCAGCAGUGGAUGUCAGUCAUGCCACAGUCUCCACGGGUCCCUCUCCUGAGGCAAUUCCACAAGCACAGGGGGCCCCACUGGAGCCCAAAGCAGAGGCCCCAUUGGAAAAUAUGAUGACUGUAGCCAAAGACCCACGAUAUGCCAGAUAUCUCAAAAUGGUGCAAGUGGGUGUUCCAGUAAUGGCUAUUAAAAAUAAGAUGGUAAUGGAGGGUUUGGACCCCAGUUUGCUCGAGACCCCUGAUGCACCUGUUCCAGAUGGUGUCAAAAAAGUAGCAGAUGAGCAAGAUGAUGACAGCUCAGGCAGCGAAUCGUCCUUUAGCGACUGAUUGGUCCCGCCCCUCAACUAAUGAAAUUUGUAUUGGACAGGCCCGGACAGGCUGUCAUUUACAUUGCUCAUCUCAAAGCAGGGUGAAUGCACGUAAAAGUCCUUGCAUGGGACAGAAAAGAUGCCAUCAUUAGAUGGAGUGAGUGUGAUCGGGUUAAUGCAGUGACACUCUAGUGUUGGUACUACAUUGUGGUUGUGUUACAUCUCAGAGCGAGCAUACCAGACAUGCCACCCCUGAUAGUGGUGGUUUCUAAUGGCAGCUGCUCACUGGGUGAGAUUGAUUCAUGAUUAUUUUAUAAUUAGUCCAUUAAAAUCUGUUUAAGUGCUACAUUUAUUAAUGUGAACAACUUUUGCCUGACGUGUUACUUGCUUAAAAUGUUCAUCUAAUAACAAAUGAUAUAAAUAAAUAAUGUCAGUGACUGUUCUUUUUUUAUUUUUGUUAUUAAAUAGACACAAGCAGCCUAGUAUCUAUGAUAGGAAGUUAAUUUGAAAAGUGUAAUUCAGUGUUCAAUAUUCAUAUUUCAUAUGGGAUUAGGUUUUGAUUUUUGUAAAUUAAUUUUACAUUGAAGCAGAUUUGAUUAAUAUCACUAACACAAAUUGCACGUUACACACAUUUGUGAGUUUCAGUGGUGAUCGUGUUGCACAGCUACAGAUUUGCUUACACUGCCUUUUUCAAAUGUAACUUUUUAAAAUAUCAUCAUGUCAUAGAUGAGUUCAAUGCAAUGAAAUUACUUUAAAUAUACACCACCAUAUCAAUCAAUGGAAGCAAUCGUCAGUCCUCUAGACCACUGUUUCCCAACCACUGUGCUGCGGCACACUAAUGUGCCAUGAAAGAUUGUCAGGUGUGCCGUGGAAAAUUAUAAAAUUCAUGCAUGAAAAUUCAUUUUAUUAAUUUCUGCUAUCAAAGCAACUGCAAGCUUUUUUUCUUUCAAAUACAUGUUUUCAAUGUUUAUUGUGCACACCUCCAUCUUUUUUACAUGUCAAACUCGCAAAAUCGCCCCUCUGUGAUGCUUUCUUCAACUCAAUGUGGCGCUUGACGCAAAUCUUGUGAAAUGUGCUUUACAUUGACGAAAGAACAUUAUUGAAACUCAAAAUCAUUAUUAUUUGUCUAUUAUUGUGGUCUUUUCUGAUAAAAGUCAUGCUCAGCAGAUUUGUAGCCAUGCAAGUUUUAAUAAAGAAGGUAAGGACGUUAUUAAAAAUCACUAUUAUUGGAUGAA